UCCCCGCGUCCGUCCGGAAACGCUGGGGCGCCCGCCUGGAAAAGGGCCGGGGCCGGGGCCGGGACUUGGAGGAAGAGCAGGUCCGUUGCGGGGACCCGGGAACACUGUUGGGCAGCCGGUCUGUGGGCCAACCGCGGACCUGCCAGCCCUCCCGGAUUGUACUCCGGGCGGAAAGGGACCGAGGACAAGCUCUGCCGCGGCCCGCAGCUCCCUGCCCGGGAUCCCGCGGUGGUCGGCCACUCUGCGCUUCCUGUGCGGUCCGCGAGCGAGCUCUGGGGAGGGGCGGCCGUACAUACACGACCUUGGGUCCCACCGGCGAGGGUGCGGGGUCUCCGUUGGUCACUGUUGUGGGACCUGGCAACACCUCGCGGACGAAGGGAGAGGAAAAGUGGCCUCUGAAAUUGUCUGCCUCUGAGGGAACUCGGGGACUAGAGUAAGGUGAAGCAUGCCGGCCUACAAUCCGGUAGACGCGGGUUCGGGUUCUGGCCCCACCACCCCUGUUAACCAGUAUCAUACGAUUGGGUGGUUGUGGUAAGUGUCAGAAUGCAUGUGAAAAAGCGCAGUCUUUAGUUAGAUGUUGUCUUUCUCCCCGUCGCUCGUGUUAUGCAAACGAGACUCAUUAACCAACUGUCGCUUUUCUGGAGCCUGUGUGAAGAAAGUAAAGUGCAGGUCGCGGCACCCGAGAAGCCGUGAAGAAUGAAAACACUGACGUCACCGUGAGCUUCACUUGGCGCCUGGCGAGCUGGGUCCUGGUGCACGAGGACGGAUCACGGGGAAGGAACUAAAAAUGGAAGGGCAAGAAGUCCCCUUAAAGAAGAGGCCCUCAGAAAGUUCUCUCGUAAGAAGAUAAAGAAAGGAGUGGAAACAAGGCUCCUGAGCUCUUCCAGCCCUACAUGGCUGCAGAAUCAAGAAAGUGUUCAGCCCCAUCCCUACCCAGCCGUGCUCCGGAAGAGGACCUUGUAAUUGUCAAGGUGGAGGAAGAUCAUGGUUGGGACCAGGAAUCUGGUCAACAUGAACACAACCUUCCUGGCCAAGAGCUGUUCCGCCUGCGAUUCAGGAAGCUGUGCUACCAGGAGACCCGAGGACCCCGAGAAGCCCUGAUCCAGCUGCGGGCACUUUGCCACCAGUGGUUGAGGCCAGAUUUGAACAGCAAGGAGCAGAUCCUGGAGCUGCUGGUGCUGGAACAGUUCCUGAGCAUCCUGCCUGCAGAGCUGCAGGCCCUGGUGAAGGAGCAUCAUCUGCAGAGUGGGGAGGAGGUGGUCACCCUGUUGGAGGAUCUGGAGAGGCAGAUUGAUAUACUGGGACGACCAGUCCCGGCUCGUGCACACGGACACAGGGUCCCCUGGGAGAAGGUGGUGUGUUCAGAACCUGCACCAGAGCCCCCAGACACCCAGCCCCAGCCUACGGAAACCCAGCACACGGCUCCCGUGCUCCACGGGCCCCGAGACAGAGGUAAUUUAGACUGGGUUACUGCUGGCUCCCGCAAGCACAGAGCAAGGCUGGCCUCCAUCACGGCUCCUUUCUCCUCCUCAGCCACAUCCGCAUCUCAGAGUCCCACCCCUUCCCAGGAAGGAAGUCCUGGAGACCAGAUGACAGCGUCACUUCUUACAGCAGGGUUCCAGACUUUGGAGAAGAUUGAAGACAUGGCUGUGUCCCUGAUUCGAGAGGAGUGGCUUCUUGAUCCAUCCCAGAAGGAUCUGAGUAGAGACGACAGGCCAGAGAAUUACAGAAAUGUGUUCACCCUUGGUAGUGAGACAAGGAAUGAGAACAGGGAAUUAGCUUCGAAACAGGUAAUAUCUACCGGAGUCCAACUACAUGGAGAGAGAGCUGCCAAAUGCAACGGGGAUGCUGAUGGGAGUCCUGAGCUUGGAGAAGCGCAAGACCUGGGCAGACUGGACAGGCCUCGGGGAAACCCCACCCAGGAGAGACGACACAAAUGUGAUGAAUGUGGGAAGAGCUUUGCCCAGAGCUCAGGCCUCGUUCGCCACUGGAGAAUCCACACUGGGGAGAAGCCCUAUCAGUGCAGCGUGUGUGGGAAAGCCUUCAGUUACAGGUCCGCCCUUCUUUCCCAUCAGGACAUCCACAACAAAGUGAAACGUUAUCACUGUAAGGAGUGUGGCAAAGCCUUCAGUCAAAACACAGGCCUGAUCCUGCACCAGAGAAUCCACACUGGGGAGAAGCCGUAUCAGUGCAACCAGUGUGGGAAGGCUUUCAGUCAGAGUGCGGGCCUUAUUCUGCACCAGAGAAUCCACAGUGGGGAGAGACCUUAUGAAUGUAACGAGUGUGGGAAAGCCUUCAGUCAUAGCUCACACCUCAUUGGACAUCAGAGAAUCCACACAGGGGAGAAGCCCUAUGAGUGUGAUGAGUGUGGGAAAACUUUCAGGCGGAGCUCACAUCUUAUUGGCCAUCAGAGAAGCCACACUGGGGAGAAACCCUACAAAUGCAAUGAGUGUGGGAGGGCCUUCAGUCAGAAGUCAGGCCUUAUUGAGCAUCAGAGAAUCCACACUGGAGAGCGGCCCUAUAAAUGCAAAGAAUGUGGGAAAGCCUUCAACGGGAACACUGGCCUCAUUCAGCAUCUGAGAAUCCACACAGGGGAGAAGCCCUAUCAGUGUAAUGAGUGUGGGAAAGCCUUUAUUCAGAGGUCCAGUCUCAUUCGACACCAGAGAAUCCACAGUGGAGAAAAACCUGAAUCCACAGGAGUUUAGGGGAAAACUUGAAUCAUAGUUUGGGCAUUAUUCAACAUUAACCACAUGCAGGUGACAGUUCUUUCAGUGCAGUAAAAAGGCAGAAAGUGUAUCAUCAUUGUGACCUGAUGCAGGGUCAGUAUCAAUAGUGGUGGCAGUUAGAAUAGCUCUUAAGUAGUUCUUGAGUAACCUUGAUGCAGGUUGAUUAGCUUGACUGUCCUGGAAGGUGUCUGAUGGCCCACUGUACCCUUGAGAUGCUUAAAGAGCAUCACAGUGAGUUGGUUGUGGCUGGAGGCACCUAACUUUGUCUUUUGGGUGAGUAGCUGUAGAUUUGAGCAAGGCUUCUCCUGGCUCUUCUGCUUCUCCCCACCCCCGACCCCUCCCUAGUUAUUCCCCUGGAGGGACACAUGUGCUCCUUGUCUACCCAGGAGGCUGCUUUAGGGUUCAAAGCAGCCUCUGUGUGACAUAGAUUUGUAUUUAGCUUUCUAAAAUCCUAGUUCUAGGGAAAUUUUUACAGACACAAUGUAUUAAUGCUUAAGUGUACAUUUUAUUCUGAUGUUCCUGGUGGUCCAUAGAAACUCAUAUUCCCAUGCAGACUCAGAAUAGCACUCCAGCAUUUUUCUUCCAUCACCUCCACUGACACUUCUGAAUAAAGGCUCCACUGACUCCACGGAGUCAUUGCAAACCCCACAUGACCCUGUCUGGCCCCAGGCCCCAUGGGGGUUGUGGGACUCUGCAGAGGAAGGUGAGUGUGGACAGCCCAGCUGCUCUUGAGUGUGGGUGAUUGUCCCUUGUGGUGACAUCUGGCUCUUUCUGCCUCCACACUGUAUGCUCUGGUACAGGUGGAUGUUUUCCACCAUCCUAGUUAGGAUGUCACAUGGGAGGAGACAGGCUUGACGAAGACGUACUAGUCUUGACCCAGAAUGUGCACUCGCCCCUCUGGUCCCUGCUAGCACACUCCUGCAGGUUCUUGACUAGAUGUCAUCACCCUGGACCCCCUUUUCAGCUGGCCAGCACCUCCCUCUUUCUCCAUCCACUUCUUCCCGUGAGCUUCUGUGUCACAGUAGUGACCCCUCACAUCCCACCUGCAAUCCAUCAAACACAACAUUUAACUUGUUGCUGGGACUGUCUUUCAUCUCAGAAUCUGGUUUAACGUAGCAUCAGGGCUCACGCGUCCACACCGGCGUCAUCCUUUCAGUUGGGCAGUGGUUACUGCAGUGGUGCUAUCGUUGCAGUGACCACUGCUGCAGAUACCCCAUUUGAUAAACCACACAGGAAUACUCUACUUUAGAAUCACAUGUCGUUUUUGACUGUUCGAUUACCCACUUACCACAUUUGGAAUCAAGUAACUUUCGGUGAUUCCAAAGUUGUCUUUCAUACUGGUAAUCAAUUCCAUUAAUCCUCCUCAGAAAAAGAAGAUACAAGUCCUGCUGAAAACUCCAAGAAAAGUUAUGUAACUUUGCACUGUGACUAUUCUGAACAGGGGUAACACUCAUUAUUUUAUGAUUGAUGUUUUAAAAAAUCAGUCAUAAAAUCUUACAUCACAGAGGUCCCCCUUUGGGGUCAAAAAUUCCUUGUAAUAUCAUUUCUCUCCUGCCCUUUGGCUUACCUUCACUGCGAACACCAAGUUUACCUACACCUAUUUCAUUGAGUUACUGGUCCCUACUGUCAUCCUACUUCCCUUCAGUUUUUCAAGACAGUGCUUUCUGUUGUCUUUUUUUUUUUUCCAGGACAAAGAGGUUCAUUUUGGCAUGUGUCCUUUAUUUUCUUGUUCUCUCUCGCUCUCCACCCCCCAUACUCCUGUCUCUCUGUCUCUCUUCUGUGGAUUACCAUUCCUGAUUCCCUUGUACUUGAAAUUUCAAGAAACCAGAAACUAAUAAAUCUGGUUGUUUCUAGAUCCUUGCUCUCUGCUUCAGUUGUGCCUUACACUCUGUAAGAGACUAAAAUGAGGCCAGUGCCACCUUUGUGCAACCAUCACCUAGGAUGGAUAUGGGAGAACACGUGUAGCAUCGGCAGAAAUCCAGAGAAAAGAAAGUAUGACCAGAGAGAUCAGUGUUAUGCUGGGUGAAUGUGGAAAAGGGUGACUCAGCACCUACAGAAAGGGCCUGGUAGUAAAAGACAGUGAGACGCACCAAGUUCCUUUAUCCUGCAGAUUCUGUUUUUAUGUUCUUAAUCUGAAGUGAGCAGCUCACCAGUACUUCCUCUGCCUCCUGGGCUCCUCCUUUUAAAUUGACCUUGAAUGACACAGUGGCUAUUCCAGAACUCCACUGCCACCAAACGUAGUCCUGGGAGAUUCCCUCCUUGAACAAGGUGGCAGCACUAGAAUGUGGUGGUUGAGUUCCCUGUGGAGCCAUGAGCUUCACUCAUGGCUCUGAGGUUCCAGGCAAUCUGGCUGAUGUUUACUGAGCACUUACUGUGCACCAGACCCUACAUGAAGCAUUUUUCAUGCUGUGGUGGAUACUAUGUCCCCCGCUUCAUAGGUGAGAAAACCGAGGCUUAGAGAGAAAUAGGUUGACCAAGACCACGUAGCUGGUAAGUGACAGCAGAGAUUCUGGCCUUCACAGCCUAAUUCUCGAGCCUGCACCCCUGACUGUGGUGCUACCGUGGCUGAUGAACACCCUGCCCCCGGUCAACCAUGUCCAGUUGUGUGUCCUGGAAUAGAAAGGUGGAGGAUAGUGCAAAUCCAUUAAAAUUCCUAGAAGAUUGCCUGAAAAUGCUGUUUUGCUUUACAUCAUUAUUAAAUGGUGAUACUUUGGAUGCUUUGUAGUAGUAGCAAACUAAAAUGUGUAAGUAAAUGUUUCAAAGAGUAACUGGGAGGAUAAAGCAGUAAGUUACAGACUCAUACAUUUCUCUCUGAACUGCCCCAGUGAAAGUAGAAAUACGGGGGGAAAUGAAAUAUCCGUGCAGUAGGCCAGACAGAUGGACAGUUAGGUGACAAUGGGAAGUUUAUCCACAGCAUGAAAUGUGGGAAACCUAUUUACUACACAUUUCCAACGACCAUUCCUUUUUUUUUCUAGCAUUUGUGAUUUUUCAAAUAUGUCAACCAUUGUUCAACUCAUUUCCUCAAUAGUCUAUUCUUAAAACUUAACGGGCUUUAUACUUGGCACUCCACUGAAAUGUCCUUAGACUCAACAGUGGAUAAAUAUUGUGUCUUGUCUUUGUUCUUGUCCUAACCUAUAUUGCAUACUGUUGAAUUUACCCUGUAUCUCAGGAAUUCUCUUCUUUGGCUUGUGGGACCCUUUUUGGUCAUUUUUCCAAUUUCUAACUAUUGGGGUUUUUUCCUCUUGCUCUUCACCAAGCAUAGUCACUAUUUUUCUGUCCUCGCCCUUGUUUAUCCAUUUUGAUUGUCAGUAACAAUAUUUACCACCAUCUCUCCGCAUACCUUGGUAUUUGAAAACGGAACUCAUCAUUCUUGUCCCCUAAAUACCAUUUUCCUUUUAAAUAGGUAUCGUUGCUUAAUUUCUUUACCCUAAACAGACUUACUACCCUUUAUGUUUCUUAUCCCAAUCUUGGAGUUUUCUUAUUCUGGUCUCCACUCUUCAUGUCCAAAAUCUUGGUAAGUUGUUCCAAUUCUUAGUUUUUUCCUUGAGGCUGAUGUUUACAUUUCUGCUGUCCCCUCAUAGCACCCGUUCAGAUCCGAAUUUGGGGCCCAGGUUAUUGUAAUUCCAGUGCCCUUGCUCUUAAGAGCCUCGUGUUGUAGACAUUUAAGAUGAUCUUCUCAAACUCCAUUUGCAUGAUGUCUCACUUGCACUCAAGAACACCCAGUACAUAGUUCCUAUCAGAGCAGUGAUGUUCCAAGUGCUCCAUUACCUGCCCUCCACACUCAGUUUCCCGCAGCCUCUUCUCCGGCAUAUUCUCCUACAUCGUCACAGGAUACUUCCUGUGGCCUUCACUGCUGUCUUACAAGCCCUUGACCUUGCCUCUGUGCCUUUCUUAUACUGUUUCUUUUGCUUAGAUUGCUCUUUGGCUCCAGCUCAUGUUCAUCACUUCCUUCAACGUACGGUUUCCUUUAUGUCUUCUGAGUGAGCCCACCCUGACUGACUGCACCCACGCUGAGACCCCCCCUUCUGUGCUGCCUCAGCACUGAUCCUUCAAGUUUGUACUAUGGUCCGUGCACUUACUAAUACGUAGCUUUGUAAUUAUUUUCUAGCACUCUAUUGUAGUUUCACAUUUGUAUUUAUUUCUAAAAUUAAAUUGUAAGCUCCUUGAGGGCAGGAAUAAUUUUACAUUUGUAUCUCUGCACCCCUAGUGCCUAGUACGGUGCUGAGCACACAGUAGGUGUUUAAUAA